AUGGCCCAAUUAAUGAAGGAUACAAGUCAUCCAGAUAAUAAGAUACAUCGUGAUUACUAUCAGGCAAAGAAGCUGGUGUCAGGACUUGGUCUAACUAGUCAAAAAUUGACUGUUGUGUUAAUGGAUGUAUGUUGCUUCAACACUUGGUGGGUGGUUAUAAAGAUGAAGCCAAGAGGAGUUGUGGAUACAAGAUAUGAUCUGCAAGUUGCUUACCAAGAGGAGCAAUCACAUGUUAGUGCAAGUAUAGAGAAUGACCCAAUUGAUUGCUUACGAGAUGACCAAGUGGUCGGUGAAGAGGUUGAUAAAAGUAGUUAUCAACCCAUUGUCAAUGAAGAUGGACAUGAUUUAAUUGACGGGGAAGAUGAUGAGGCAGCAAGUGAAGAAGAGGAAGAAGAGGAGGCUGGAAGUGAAGAAGACGAUGACGAUGAAGAGGCAACAAGUGAAGAGGAAGAUAUUUUUGAUAGUGAUGAUUCACAAGAUCAGUUUCAAACCCAAGAAGAGGACGAAGAGGAAGAUGAGGACGAUUGA